AUGAACUUAUUCUAUAUUAUCUUUCUGAUUGGAAUAUCUCAUUGUGAAUAUGAUCGAUUUUAUAAUCCUCCUCCGUGUAGUCUCAAUGAUUUUCUAACAAUUCUUCUUUGCAAUUCAAAACUUCAAAUGAUUCAAGAGAAAUUGACUGAAAUUUAUUCCAAAAAUAAAGAAUAUGGAAAUAAUUGGGAAGAAUUGAAUACAAUGUGUGAAAGCUGGAAAAAUUGCACUCAACAUGUUUGUGGAGCAGUUAAAGAUAAAGUUCAAUUUGUUGGAGAAACUUGCGAUUUCAUGAAAUUUUUUGUUAGUCCAGAAUUCACAAAAUGUAUUGGAGAGGUAAGGUUUUGAAAAAGUCUAUGAAUCAAAUGUAAUACUUUAUAGCUCAACAAAAAUUCAAGUUCAUGUUUUAUAAACUACAUAAAUGCUCCACAAACCCGAAACAAGGAGAAAAAAUGCGAAAUCUUCAAAAACAAAUGUAUGGAAGAAGAAGUGGCUCAAAAAUGCUCGAAACGACUUGCGGAGCGCUUUGAAAAAUCUCAAAACCUUCGUAUUAGUUUAGAAAAAUGUUGA